AUGCCUGAGAUCAAGCGCGUGCUUCUCUACCAGGUUCACGCUCUGCCACCUGUCGAUUCAAAGCGUUGCAUUCUGCAGCCCCUGCGUGAUGCUCCUUCCGGUUCCAAACUUCUUUCUUCGACCUCUUUACUGCUAAACGUGGGUGAUUUCGUGUCUUCGAGGAAGUUUGAUGGUUCGGGUGCACUGGGACCGCAGUCGGCCGGCUCUAGUUUUGAUGUCGGGUCUUCAGGGAAGUCUGGUGUUCCUGGGGAUAAGGGGGCACACUUGACGAGCUCUAGCAGUGAAGUCAGCAGCUGUGAGUCCGUUCACGGUUCUGACAGUGAUGCUCCCCGUGUUCGUCCUGAGGAAGUCAUGAACGUGCUAGUGUUGCAAAGUGCGACACGAGAGCUUUCGAAGUGCGCCUUGGUGCGUACGCCUCGCCUGAUGAGUUCCUUGAUGGGUGUCGCGGGCGAGGAACGUGCUUUGAAGGAGACCCUUGAUCCUCAGGUUGCCAAGGUUUUGCAGGGGAAAAGGUUAAAGCUUUUGGAGCGAAUUGCCAGCUCCCUUGGUUGGGCUGACAUGGGGGUUUGCACUGAACUUCGGAAUGGGUUCGAUUUGGUGGGCCAUCACGAACACACUGGUGUUUUCGCUCACGAGCCCAGGCCACCUAAUGUCUCUGAAAGUGGUUUCAUCAAUGCUACACAGUUUCUGCAGCUUGCUUUACUUGGGAAGAUCCGCGCCUCUGCAUCUGAUGCAAAUGCCCGCGAGCUGUGGGACAAGACCCUUGAUGACGUGGCUGAUGGCAUUCUUGAGGGACCUCUUUCUGCUGAAGUGUUGUCGGCUCGACAUGGGCCGUGCUGGCUCCCUACUCGCCGGUUCGGCGUUGAGCAGACCGGUCGCAAGCUUAGACCUGUGGACGAUUUUACUGAGAAUAAGGUCAAUUUGGCUUUCGGUUCUAUGGACAAGCUUGAUCUUAAUGUGCUUGAUGAGUUGAUUUGCAUCUGCAGAAUUUGGGUUCGGGCAUUGAACGGGCCGCCCGAGUUCUCACUCACUCUGUCUACCGGUGCAGUCUUGAGUGGUCGUGUUCACGAUGGCUGA